AAGAUUUGCAAGGACAAACGUCACAGCGACAACAGGCCUGAUCCGAGCCCCUUUGUAACAUGCCCUCACUCUCCCCGCUGAAGCAAGCGGCCAGCGGACCGUCGGCGGGCCCGCAGCAGCUGGUGGUCAUCGCGGCCGCAGCCGCGGCAGCCUCGCUACUCUUCCUGGUGGUGUCCGCGCUGUUGCUCGUGCUGCUCAGGCGCGCUUCCAGCUCGGACGACGGCACCGACGGCUCGGACUUCUGUGGAGGCCGCCCCGACUGCCGCCAGCACAGAGCGCUGAUAACGUCGCGCGUCAACCGCAGCAUAGACCCGUGCCUCGACUUCAGCGCGCACGUCUGCUCGGCGUGGUCGCCGCCGGGCGCGCUGUUCCGCGAGUUUGCCUCCACCCAGGACGACGUCGUGCUCUCCUGGGCGCGACAGUUUCCAGAAAUCCUCGAGGCCGGCGCCAGGAGCCUGCCCACUGGCUACAAGGCCACCGCCUUGUACUAUAAGUGCAUGGAGAAUACUACGCACGACGUCGCCGCGGCUGCUACGAGAGAGCUGCACCAGUUCAUGGCUGAUCGAGGCAUUCCGUGGCCCGAAGAACCUGCCUCGCCGAGCACCGCUCCGUUGGGCGUCCUGUUUGAUCUGGCGGUCAAUUGGCAGCUACCGCUCUGGUUCACCGCUCACUUGUUCCCUGUACCGGGUAGCCAGAGUCGGGCCGUUGUGCUGACGCCCAGCGGCUUGACUCUCUCCUGGGCGAAACAUCACCAAGAGAUCCUGGACAAAGGAGCCUUCGUUGCUUACUACACGGCCUUCGUCGACGCUCUGGCAUUAGCUGACGACGUCGUUUACCAGGACACAGAGAGCAUCAGGAAGGUCGCCCACGUCGAAAGCACCAUCCUGCAGGAACUCGCAAACGCGGAGAAAGCCCGGAUUCCCCGAACAGCGUCAUGGCAGUUCCCGCUUCGUGAAGCGACCCACCACACGCCCAGCAUCCCCUCCGAACAGUGGCUGAGCGAAAUAAGCAAGAACUUCGACGUCGCGCCAGCCGUAACCGGCACCGAUCUCUUGGUAGCUGCCAACGGCGUGUUUCUCAAGUCGGUGGACUCGGUAUUCGCGCACUACGGCGAGAGGGAGCUUCUGUCGCACCUGGCCUGGUUUUUCGUGCAGCUGCUCGCUCCCGUGGCCGACCCGCGCCUGCUGGUCGUCAGGUACGGGAGCGAAGAGCGCGCCAACGCUCACAGGCCGCUCUUCUGCGCCGUCCACGUAGAAACAGUGUUCCGGGUCCUCAUCAUCUCCCUGUACGCUGUCCCGCGCUUCUCGGCGAGCUUGAGGAACAAUGUCGAUGCGCUCCUGCGUGACAUCCGCCACACCGCGGCCGAAAGGCUGCGCGCCUUGCCUUGGCUCGACGAGGCCUCGAAGAUGCGCGGCCGCGUCAAGCUGGAGCGGAUGACGACAACGAUGUGGCCCGCGACGGUGCUUCUGGAAGAGUCGGGACUGGUCCGCUUGUGGCGGGACUUUGCUUGGUCGAACGCGUCCACCUUUUUCGAAGCUUGGGUGAAAAGCCACCGUGCCCUGCAGCGGCUGGUCCGGGCCGAAAAGUUCGACAUCGGCAUGCCUGCGAACCUCGCACUGCCGCUGCUGGAGUACGACUACAUCCGGAACGACGUGCGGGUGUCCGUGCAGUCUCUAUCGAGGCCCGUUUACUACGGCCACGGAACCAUCGCCAUGUUCUACGGUGGUCUCGGUUUUCUGUACGCCAAGGAAGUAAUGAAGGCGUUGGACAGCGAAGGUUCGCGAAGGGAUUACCGGGGUGUCCUAACCGAUGACCCGUGGAUGUCUUCAACGUGGCAUGAUGCCUUGAUGGAUCCCGAAGGAUGCCUUGAAGGAGCCUCGGCGGGCGGCUACUUUCCGGAAAUCCCGGCCUUGGAAAUAUCCUACGCGUCGCUGGAAAGCGCGUUUGACGUUUCGGCGACUUCGAUGAACGCCCGAAUUGGGGAGAGGCGCCUGUUUUUUCUUACGUUCUGCUACUUCCUGUGCAGUCGCUCGGGCUUCGAACAACACCCGGUUGCGGGCGGGGACUGCAACAAAGCCGUCUCCAACUUUGCGCCCUUCGCGGAGACGUUCAGUUGCCCGUCCGGUUCCGGCAUGCGGCCUAAAAAGCGCUGUUUCUUUUUUGGCUCUUAA